CCUCUCUGAAAAACACUGAAAAAUAAGAUGGAAACCAAAAUCCUUCAAAAGAAAAUCUUUUUUUUUCUUCUGAAGUGAAGCAGAAACUCUUGUUUCCUCGAUUCAUUCGUGCUUUCGAGACAAUGAUGCCUAAAAUUAGCAAGCUCAACGUUCCAGAAAAACCGAGGAAAUUAGUAGUAUUUCCUGAAAGGAUUGGAGGUUUAGUGAUCAAUGGCUUCCAUCAUGGUAGAGAAGAAAGUAAUUAUGAAGAAAUUGAAUCUGGUGAAGAAUUACAGACAUUUGAUCUGACUCGCGAUUUUGCUCUGAAACAGAUGAUUAAGGAUCGAUGUUAUGAUUUUGAUGAUGAGCUUAUAAGUUUUCCCCAAAAUAAAAAUAGGAAUUUGGGAUCAAUUGUAUUGCACGCCUGCAACGAUGAUGAAAAACGAUCUGAUCUUGAAUAUGAGAUUUCUCGAAAGGAGAUUAAUUUGGAGAAGUUGCAACGACUUGCCAGUUCAGGUAUUCCUGAUGGAAGGAGUUUGCGAGCAACAAUUUGGAAGAUACUAUUGGGAUAUUUACCUACUUCUCGAGACUUAUGGGAGAAGGAGUUAAACGAGAGUCGAUUGAAAUAUGACAAGCUAAAAGAGGAGUUUCUACGAAAACCUCCAGUCAGAAUUGUCAUGGCGAAAAGAUAAAAGCAUGAUAUUGCUUGGACACGACACUUGCAGCGGAGUCAUUGAGCCCCUUAAACGCUACAACAUUUCUAAAGACGAUGAUCAUCCACUAAGUUUAGGUAAAACUAGCAUAUGGCAUCAGUACUUUGAGGCAAGUA